AUGAGUGGUACCGGGCGUUUACCUACAUUGAGCCAGGGCAAUGCAAAGCCCAGCUUAAAAUUCAAGCCUAAGGCUUUAGCUAGAAGAUCAAAGGAAGAAAGAGAGGCUUCUGUGCCAAAACCAGCGCCGGAAGAGAUCAAGAAGCCCUUCAAUAACAAGAAAAAGUAUAGCAAACGAGAGAAUGGUCCCAACGGUCAAAGAAGAAUCCCAAAGUAUCUUCUAAACACACGAGUGGUGAACGCAGGGUUUGGUGCUGAGAACUUCACAGGCGGCGGAGGUGACAUGAGAACUGGGUUUAUCAAAACCGAGGGUUCCAAUCACGACUACCUUCAGAAGGGGCUAAAAGCUGCCAAUGAAGGUGACGAAGGCCUCGACUCAGAAGGCGAAGGGGCCACAAAGAUCAACAUGGGUCGCGAGUAUAAGUCGAGCGAGCUUUAUGCCUCCGAGGAAGAGGACGAAGAUGAGUCGAGUUCCGCAGAUAUAGAUGAAGAAGCGCUGCAAUCAAAACGGCUGGCACGCUUUUUUCCAGUAAGAGCCCUGCGUGUAAAACAUGACGAAGUAGAGCUGGUGAAAAAAGAGAUCCAAGACACUAUGUCGGACCCCACAACGAGAGAUCCUACACCGGGACUACCGAAGCUGGAGGACCCUCAGGAUGGUGGUCAGGGUUUGCAAGAAGUUUUGAACAACCGAAGCCUUGAGCUUCAGGACAAACUCAAUGAUUUGAGACUACAAAACGAGUUUGCGUCAGUCGACUCGGGGGAAGCCAUGCAGGAGGUUGCUUUGCUCAACCAGGAUUACAGACACAUACAGAAAAAGAUCAUCAAAAUCAACAACCAGCCUGGCAAGUUCAUGUUCUUCCAACUGCCUGCGGUGCUGCCUGACUUCGAAGAGCCGAAACCUCCGGCACCUGAUGCCGUGGAAGAGCCUACAGUAAAGCCUGAAAACGAAGAUGAAAAAACAGAGGAGCCUACUAAAGAAUCUCAGGAUUCAUCUAAAAAGCCAGAAGACUCAGCCAAAAAACCUGAACCCGAAACGAUCCAAGAACCAAAGCCUCUAGCCGGACGCAUCGGUUCUCUACGGAUACACAAGUCUGGUAGACUUUCAGUAAAAAUCGGCAACGUUGAGAUGGAUGUCAGCAGAGGUGCCGAGAACACCUUUUUACAAGAGGUGGUCGCGCUGGAUGAACGAGAAGAAGAGAGGACUGUUGAGCUUCUUGGUCAAAUCGUAGGCAAGGCCGUUGUGACGCCCAAAUUUUGA